UCAAUUCAGAAAAUCUUCAAAAAGCCCUUUGUAUCUUAUAUUAAAUUGGUUGUUUACAUGAAGAAAGAAAAGACAAUGAAGUAUUCAUCUUCAUCUUCAUCUUCAUCUUCAUAUUAUUUUUACUUUUUCAAAGAGAGAUGUCUAAACAAGGGGAGGCUUCCUCCAUUUUUCAUGUCUUUUCUUCUUUUAACCGUCAUAUUCAUACUCUUCAUCCUUUAUUCUACAACCCCUUUAACUCCCAUCUCCAACCAGGCCCUUUCCCGUAAUCUAAGGCUUCCACUCAUCAAACCACCUCCUAAUCUUCCCCGUAAAGGCAAACCCAGAAUUUUUCAUCCUCCCCUUCAAGGUUAUGAUGAUGGGAUUUCGAAAUGUGAUUUGUCAAAGGGUCAUUGGAUACCGGACCUUCGUGGUUCUCUAUAUACCAACUCAAGUUGCACUACAAUUCCCGAUUCAAAGAACUGUUUCCACCAUGGAAGAAGUGACAGAGAUUUUCUGAACUGGAGAUGGAAACCUGACCAAUGUAAUCUUCCAAGGUUUGAUCCCAAGGCAUUCCUGGAUUUUGUUAAAGGGAAGACACUUGGAUUCGUUGGUGACUCUGUUGCUAGGAAUCACAUGGAAUCUCUACUUUGUCUCCUCUCAAAGGUUGAAACCCCCAAAGAUGAGUACAAAGAUUCAGAAGAUAGAAAACGGAUAUGGUAUUUUCCUAAACAUGAUUUCACUCUUAUGAUCCUUUGGUCCAGAUACCUUGUAUCUGCUGAAGAAAGAAUGGUGAAUGGUUCACUAUCAGGCAAUUUUAAUUUACACCUACACAAAAUUGAUGAAGAAUGGAGCAAAGAUCUUCCUCUUCUAGACUAUGUCAUAAUCUCAGCUGCACAUUGGUUCUUUCGACCCAUUUUCGUCCAUAAUAGCACUGGCAUUGUUGGAUGUGUAUACUGCAAUACCCCGAAUGUGAAGGAUUACGGUGUUGGAUUCCCCCUGAAGUUGGCAUUUCGAUCUGCUUUGAACCACAUCAACAACUGCAAGACCUGCAAAGUGAGGGUCACCUUAGUCCGGACAUUUUCGCCGGCGCAUUUUGAGGAUGGGGCAUGGAACACUGGGGGAAGGUGUAACAGGACAAGCCCUUUGGGAGAAUCAGAGAUAAACUUGGGCACCACUGAAUGGGAGCUGAGGAGCAUGCAAAUGGAAGAGAUUGAAAAGGCGAACAUCAAAGGCGCUAAGGUCGGGAGAAGGUUCGGGGCAUUGGACAUUACGAGGGCAAUGCUGAUGAGACCAGAUGGUCACCCUAAUGAGUUCUGGGGAAACAAAUGGAUGAAGGGCUAUAAUGACUGUGUUCAUUGGUGCUUGCCAGGUCCUGUUGAUGUAUGGAAUGAUUUUAUGAUGGCGGUUCUGAGAAGAGAAGCUUCAUUUGUUUCUUAGUGAA